GUUGAUAUAUAUAUACAUUACAAUUCAAUCCCCAAUUACGCGCAGAGAAACCGAAAUUGCCCACACAAAACCUAAGAAUCUGAAACCAUUUUCAGCGGAAAUGAUGGCCGGCUACGCCGUCAAGGGAAAUGACAUCGAGGCUGGCGGGAAGAAUGGCGGCGGCGGAUUGUACCCUGGGAUGAUGGAGAACCCGCAGAUGCGUUGGGCCUUCAUCCGCAAGGUUUACGUCAUCGUUUUCGCCCAACUCUUCAUCUGCACCGCCGUUUCCGCCGCCAUGUUCUUCACCCCCGCCGUCAAGACGUUCAUGGCUACCACCAACGGGCUGAUUGCCCUCAUUGUCUUAGUCAUCCUCACCUUCAUUCUAAGCAUAGCAAUGGGAUUCUGCAGCCAGAAACAUCCAUGGAACUAUGUUCUUUUGGGGCUCUUUACUGUCUCAAUGGCUUUCAUGAUUGGAGUGGUGUGCACUUACAAGAAAGGAAUGCCUAUCAUGAUAGCUGCCGGUGUGACCGCAGUCGUGUUUGUUGCUCUUACCUUGUACACAUUCUGGGCUGCCAAGAGAGGCUCUGAUUUCUCCUUUCUUGCCCCCUUCUUGAUCUGUGCUCUCAUGGUGCUCCUCAUCUUUGGUCUCAUCAGGAUGUUUGUUCAUAUGGGGAGCAUUGGGCAGUUGAUAUACGGGUGUUUGGGGGCGCUCAUCUUUUCGGGGUUCAUCAUCUACGAUACCGACAACUUGAUCAAGCGAUUCAGCUAUGACGAAUAUAUUGCUGCAGCUUCUUGUCUGUUUAUGGAUAUCAUCAACCUUUUCUUGGCCAUUCUUAAUAUCUUGGAGGGCUCUGAUUGAAGAGGAAGAAGACUCGCUACAUCCUUCGCCCCGGAGUAUCUGUCUUGUUUAACAUAAAUUCUAGUUAAACAAAACAAUGUAGAUAAU